AUGAGUAGUAUCCUAAAAAUAUUAAAAGUUACACAUAUAGGAGAAAAAAGGCAUUUUACAUAUAUAACAAAGGUCAAAUUAAUUAACAAAAAAAAUACGGAAAUUAUAGUUUUACACCCAAUUUUUAAAGACAAAAAAAACAGUUCUAAAAAUUUCAAUGAAAUAAUUUAUGAUGCUCAGGAAGCUUUGGGAUUAGCUCGAUCAGCGGGGUUUAAAAUAUCCCAUGGAAUUUCUAUGCCAUCAGGGGGUUGGGAGUAUCUAUCAUCACCCUCUAACAUAUGUAAUAAUAAUAAUAAAGUAGAAGAUGAAAAUAAUUUAUCUUUUCAAAAAAUAAUACAUACAUAUAAAACAGAUGAUAAUGAUUUCACCAAAGUAAAUAAUUAUUUCGAUGAACAUAAAACUGGAAAUGACCAGGUUGAUAUGACAGAGCACAGUGCAUCAACUGAUGUUUGCUAUAAACAAUUUGAAAUUUAUGAUAAUACAAAGGGGAAUAAUAAAAAUAAUAAUAAAUUAGUUAAUAAUAAUGGAGACUCAAAGAAUAUUAAUAAUAACAUGAAUAAAACUCAUGAAAAGAACAAGCCAAAUGAAAAUAAUUAUGGGGAUAUAAUACAUCCAAAAUAUGAAGACGUAGAACGUAAAAUUGCUGAAUCUAUUUUAAUUAAAGUUAAUCGAAUAGACAACAAAUUUUAUUUCAAUAAAGGAAAAAUAAAUGAAAUUUCUAAAUAUUAUCUUAAAAAUCCAACACCUUACAUAUUUAUCAAUACAAUAUUAUCACCUGAACAAUUUCAAAAUUUAGAUUUUCUAUUUAAUAGUAUAUUAAAAAGUUAUCAUGAUGAAUUAAAAUUAAAUAAUAAGAAACAUAUGGAAACAAAUUAUUUGUCAUCUUCAAGAUUGUUAAAAUGCAACUUUGAUAAUGAAAUUUCUGAUAAUAUGAAUGAUAGUAAUGAUAUCACUAUUAAUCGUUCCACUUAUUUUGACAUGUAUAAUAAUUAUGUAGAUGUGGAAGAUGUAGAAGAAGAUUCAGAAAAAAUGGAAUUUCAUGAGGACGAAGUAGAGAAUUCAGAAGACAUAGAAGAAACCUGCUCAUACGAAUCAAGUAUUGAAAUUGAUAAAAACCAAAAAAAAAAACAUAUACCACUAUAUGUAGAAAUUUUUGACCGAUAUAGCAUCAUAUUAUACAUUUUAAAAAGUAGAGCAAAAAGUAACUUAAGUAAAUUACAACUGGAACUAGCUCGAGCCAAUUUUAUUUUUAACACAUAUUCUGAUAACAAUAGAUCAAGAAUUAAAUAUAUAAAGUAUAUUGAGAACAAUGUUUUAGGGAAAUCUUUUAUUGAUCAGGAAGAUAAAUAUGAUAAACAAAAUAUAUUUGAUAUAGAUAAUAAAAAAAAAUAUAUAAAAAUGGAUUAUGAAUAUUUAGGGUAUAAUUGCAGUUUUAUAAAAAGUACAGAAACAUAUAAAGAAUACGAAAAAAGAAUAAUUAAUAACAUUUAUAAUAAAUUAAAAAAAGAAUUAAUAAAAUGUAAAAAUAAUAAUAAUUUACAAAACAAUUCAAGGAAACAUAAAGCUUUAAUUGCAAUAGUAGGCUAUACAAAUGUUGGAAAAACAAAAUUAAUAAAUUGCUUAACAAAUUCAAAUUUAAAAGCAAAAAAUUUACUCUUUCAAACUUUAGAUAAUUCAUAUAAAAGUUUAAAUAUAGCUAAUAGUCAUUCUACUAUAUUUAUUGACUCAGUUGGUUUUAUCCAAAAUGUCCCAUAUUCUUUAUACGAAUCAUUUAUGAUAUCAUUAGAAGCCAUCAAAAAGGCUGACAUUAUUAUUCAUGUAAUUGAUGUUACUCAUCCGUAUAAAGACGAGCAAAAAAAAUGUGUAUUAGACACUUUAGUAAAAAUAGGAAUAACAAAUGAAUUUAUAAAAAAUAAUAUUGUAGAAGUGUGGAAUAAAAUAGACAAAUUAUCACAAGAUCAAUUAUAUAAUUUAUAUAAAAAUAAACCAGUAAAUGUUUUACCAAUUUCUUCGAAACAUGGAACAAAUUGUGAUGUUCUUAUAAAUAUAAUACAAAAUUUAGCUAAUAAAAUAAAAAAUGUCCAAGUAUUAACUCUUUCCUUUUCAACCAGUCAGGCAAAGGAAAGAAUCGAUUUUCUCAUGAAAAAGUUUAAGGUUGUUCCCGGUUCAAUUUCGUAUUCUUCUGAUGGAAACACUACUUAUAUUAAGUUAGUUGAAAACCCAAACAACUUGAAGAAAUAUUACGAGAAAUUUAAAAAAUAA